GUAUUAGCAGCUUCUGGGGGUGUUGAUCUACCUAGCUAUGGUCAUCUUCAAAUUGACCGCUUUGCAGUGUUACUGGACCUUUGGACAAAUGAAGCAGAAUAUCUUGAGAAUAAGAGACAGCUGCUGGAUUGCUACUUGGAAGCCUACCAACAUGUGUUUGACAUGCAUGAGAAGCGUGCGCUGGCUCAGACCAUCACAGAUAUAAUUUACAAGCGCCCUCGAUUGGAUUUUGCAUCAAAAUAUUUCGUCAGCAAUUACAAAAUGGAGAGUAUAGUGUUGAGACUUAAUUGUAAGCUGGUUAAGUCUAUACUUGACAAACAGAUUCAAGAUCAGAGGGAGUAUAUUCAGCGUGUGUGUAGAGAUGGUGAUAGAGACUUUGGACUGCCUCACCGUAUCAUCCCUAAACAGCCUGUUGCUAUCAACCUUAGCAGGCCAGCUUUAAGCCAUGUGUACCUUCUGGAAUUUCAUCCUUCGUUGGCUAUAGCAAGCCGACUACCAACUGCUAUCAAAUUUGCAUAUAAUGAACUAACAAAUGCUCAUCUGCCAAAGACGGUCACUGAACAAAUCUAUAUGGAAAAACGAUUACUUGAAAUUGCGAACAAGGAAUGGGUCAAACUAAAACCAAUGGGGUCCAGUUUCACCUCGCAAAUACAAAGAGAU